UAUGACCUCAUCCGUUGAACGUACCUCCCUCAGGCACAUCUAGAGGUCACGCUCAAUCCGGACACGGGCGAAACGACAAAAGAUGAAUGAGCAGCCGGUGUUCCGGGAGUUGGCCGACAAGGUGAACGCCAUCCUGGGAUCUCCCGAGCCCGAGACGGUCCUGAAGGCCAUCCGCGCACUAGCAGAAGGCGAUGCCGCAGAACUUGACGAUGGCACCACCAUUGAACCACUGUCUGACCUCCGCCCGCAGCCCGUCGACCCAACAUCGCAGCUCCUCUACCAGCAGACGAUGGCGGCGUUGCUCCGCUGGGGUCUUCGGGCCUUCCCACAGCAGCCAACGCGCCAGGAACCCAGUCUCUGGGAGUCGAUGGCCAUCCUCGAUGGCGCGCGGGGAUACAACCAGCAGCUGGUUAACACGAAGGACUCCUGGUACGACGACAUGUCAAACCGCGUGGAGCCUCUCCCGGAGGAAGUUGUCUGCGAUCCUGGGAUGCUCCCGAUGCUCCCAGAAGUGGCCCAGGGGCGAGUGCGCCCUCUUGAAGACGAUUUUUCAUACCUAGAGAACCUGCUGCGUCGCGACCGUACCGUGCGCACCGUGGUUGCCACCCGGUGCCCGUUCGGCUGGCGGAACUUAUGGAUCGAGUGCGUCUGCCUCGUCGUCGACGCUGACGAGACAGCCCCUGUACUCGCGGCGCUCCCCACCCAGGCCACGCCCAUAAUCGUGAUAACCGCCCAGAUCAACGAUAUGGCCGACCAUCUGGCCGACGCCGAACAGGUCCUUGGACUCACCGGGCUAGAUCGCGUCGACUCCAGCCAACGCCGGUUUGUAUUGCGUGAGAAUACUAUGCUGCGCCCUGUGCAGCAGUCUCGCCACCUCGUCCACGGCCAGUCUAUUUCACUCAAGGGCGACGAGUCCAAGGGAUCGGUCGGUGUGUUUCUCUCCCCCGCUAGCAACACCGAUGAUCCGCCAGCCAAAUACGCCCUAACGGCGUACCAUGUCGUGCCGUUUUCAGAGAAGGAGGAGACCCGAGCCAUCACGCCGGGGGGGCUUGACAUCCUCAGCGAGUUACUCCGGGCCACCUUCCGCGCAGAUACCCAGCAAUCAGCCCGUCUUUUGGCGUCGUGGAGGGAGCCGUGCGGGACCGUCGAGCAUGGGGACAUCGGGGUCAACGAACAGGGCUGGCGCACCGAUCUGGCUCUGGUGCGACUGGCGGAGGGAUGGCAGGGCAAGAACGGGCAGUGGUUCGAAGACGCAAUGCCGGAUUUCGCGGCCGGCACGGAAGGGGCGCUGCCUCCUCCAACCAUCUUCGAUCCGCACCGUGUGGUGGGAGCAACUGAUCCGGAAGCCGGCGCGAUCCUUUACAAGGAUGGGGCGGGCAGUGAACGCACUGCCGGCCGAGUUGGGCCGUUUGAGUCAAAAAUGUUCCGUGCGCGAAGUGCCGAUGCUUCCUCUGAUCACUCGGAUCCCACGGUGGUGGUGGCCCGGUUGCUGACAUUCCACCCUCUGAGGAAGCACGCCAAACCCGUGUGCGCCCCCGGUGACUCCGGGGCGGGCGUCUUCAUGCCGGACUAUGCCGCUGGCGGAUGGCAGUGGGCAGGACAGUUGGUAAACCGCUGGCAUGAGGGCCCCUGGCCUGUCGGGCUGUUUGUACCGUCGUCUGGAGUCUUGCAGUCCUUGAGGGAGACCACUGGAAUGGAGUGGAGGCUGACAGAAUGA